UCCUGACUGAGAGUUUGCGGCCAGACUUCUCUUGUUUUUAGCACUGACAUUUUUUUCUACAACCAUUAUCUUGAAGCACUUGCUUGGGAUGGUUAUGCAGCAGAGAAGAGCGGUACAAAUCAGAGUUCAGCUUUGAAAGUUAAGGAUUAUUUUCCAAGGAGUAGCUUUAAAAAAAAGGUAAGUGUUUAAUGAGUUCACAUCCAGACAACAGCCAUCAUGAAGCAAGGAGAGAGACUCUUGAUUUCUGUCCUGCUGACACUUUGUGCCACAUGGAGCGCAAACGGAGGGAAUAUUUUGGUGUGGUACACCGAGGGCAGCCACUGGAUUAACAUGAAGCCUGUGCUGGAGACACUGAUCGACAGGGGACACAAGGUGACGGUUCUUGUGCCGAGCUCUUCAAUGUUCAUGAAUACCAGUGAGCCUUCACGUUUCAGCUAUGAACCGUUCAACGUCUCUGUAACAAAGGGGGAGAUGGAGAAGAUAAUGGAAGAUGUAUUUCAGUUUUCGAUAUAUGAGGCUGACCAUAUGAGCUACUGGCAGAUUUACAACAGAUUCAUGGAGAUAAUAAGGGUCAACAUGAAUUGUUCAUUUAAGCUUUUAGAUGGAGUGUUGAAAUCAGAAACCAUCAUGAUGAAGCUGAAGGAGGGAAAAUACGAUCUUCUCUUUUCUGACCCCAUCUUUCCAGGCAGUGAAAUAGUAGCAGAUAUAUUAGGAGUCCCUCUGGUUUUGACUCUUCGUUUUUCAAUGGCCAAUAACUGGGAGAGACAUUGCGGUCAGAUACCAGCGCCACCAUCGUUUGUCCCCGGCACUAUGAGCAAACUGACUGAUAAAAUGACCUUCAUGGAGAGAGUGUGGAACUUUCUUUUUUACCAAAUGCAGGACAUCAUGCUGGCUAACAACAUAUGGAAAGAAGUGGAUAAAUAUUACUCAGACUACACAGGAAAACCCACCAGUGCCUGUGAGAUGUUAGGUAAAGCUGAUAUCUGGUUGAUGCGAACCUACUGGGAUUUUGAGUUCCCUCGACCUUUCCUCCCAAACUUCAAAUUUGUUGGUGGAAUUCAUUGCAGACCUGCUAAACCUUUGCCAAAGGACAUGGAGGAGUUUGUGCAAAGCUCUGGAGACGCUGGCGUUGUGGUCUUCACUUUGGGAUCAAUGGUCAAAAACAUGACAAGAGAAAAAGGAAACAUGAUAGCCACUGGACUUGCUCAGAUCCCUCAAAAGGUGCUGUGGAGAUACAGUGGAGAAAAACCAGAAACUCUUGGUGCCAACACCAGAAUCUACAACUGGAUCCCCCAGAAUGAUCUUUUGGGUCACCCCAAGACCAGAGCUUUCAUCACCCAUGGUGGCACGAAUGGGAUUUACGAGGCCAUCUACCAUGGUGUUCCCAUGGUGGGCAUUCCCUUGUUUGGUGACCAGCCAGACAACAUGGCCCAUCUGAAGGCUAAGGGAGCUGCAGUUACCUUGGAAAUCAACUUCAUGACAUCUGAAGAUCUUAGAGAUGCAGUCAAUACUGUCAUCAAUGAUAAAUCGUACAAAGAGAAUGCCAUGCGGCUGUCCAGCAUCCACCAUGACAGACCAAUGAGUGCUCAAGAUGAAGCUGUUUUCUGGAUCGAAAGCACCAUGAGAAACAAAGGGGCCAAGCACCUCAGGGUGCAGAGCCAUGAGCUCACCUGGUAUCAGUAUCACUGUCUGGACGUCCUGGCAUUUUUCCUCUCCAUUGAUCUGUUAGUGAUAUUCAUCUUCAUCAAGACCUGCAGAUUCUGCUUCAGGAGGUGCUGUGGGAAAAAAAAGUACAACAAAGAGAAAGGCUGAGUGAUUUCUAAAGAAAAACACAAACAGUUUAAGUGAGGUCCAGGGGUUGUCUCCAUUAUGUUUUGUGUCCAGAGAAAGACAAAGUUCUUUGCUCUGGACUUCAAACAACUGACUGAGACAAGAACUUUGAAGAAGAAUGUCUAAAAUGAGUAUUGGUGAGAAACGUGAAGAAAUUUUUGGAUGGAGCCAUCAUCAGCAUGACUGAGUUGAGAAGAAAUGCUUGCUGAACUACUGUAUUUUGGGUUUCAGCUGUUUUGUCAUGUCAUUUUUACUCAGUCCAGCCUGAAAAUUGAGGCAAUAGCACUGUUAACCUCUAUGUGAACUAUAACCACAUAUUCAAUAUAAAACAUACUAAGAUC